AAACACCUAUCUGAAGCUGCCAGCUGCGGGGGACCAGAGGAUGACUGAGAUACAUUCUACUGGCUGUGACAUCAGAGUUGGCAUUCCCAGGUCUUCUACUAACAGAGGACAAUGACUACUGAUGAGGGCUUGAGUAACAAUGGAGAAGACCCAGCAGCCACUGUGGCUGAGCAGGGAGAAGAUAUCACUACGAAGAAAGAUAGAGGCGUAUUAAAGAUUGUCAAAAGAGUGGGGACUAGUGAAGAGACCCCAAUGAUUGGUGACAAAGUUUAUGUCCACUACAAAGGAAAGUUGUCAAAUGGAAAGAAGUUUGAUUCCAGCCAUGACAGAAACGAGCCCUUUGUCUUUAGCCUUGGCAAAGGCCAGGUUAUCAAAGCCUGGGACAUUGGGGUGUCUACCAUGAAGAAAGGCGAGAUCUGCCAUUUAUUAUGUAAACCAGAGUAUGCCUAUGGCUCUGCUGGCAGCCUCCCGAAAAUUCCCUCAAACGCAACUCUCUUUUUUGAGAUUGAACUCCUUGAUUUCAAAGGUGAGGAUUUAUUUGAAGAUUCGGGAAUUAUCCGUAGAAUCAAACGGAAAGGCGAGGGUUACUCCAACCCAAACGAAGGGGCGACUGUAGAAGUGCACCUGGAAGGCUGCUGUGGUGGCCGGAUGUUUGACUGCCGAGAUGUGGUGUUCGUGGUUGGGGAGGGAGAAGACCACGACAUCCCCAUCGGGAUUGACAAAGCCCUGGAGAAGAUGCAGAGAGAGGAACAGUGUGUGCUGUAUCUUGGACCACGAUACGGUUUUGGAGAGGCGGGGAAGCCGAAAUUUGGCAUUGAACCCAAUGCGGAACUUACGUAUGAAGUUACACUUAAGAGCUUCGAAAAGGCCAAAGAAUCCUGGGAGAUGGACACCAAAGAAAAACUGGAGCAGGCUGCCAUUGUCAAAGAGAAAGGAACCGUGUACUUCAAGGGAGGCAAGUACAUGCAGGCUGUGAUUCAGUACGGGAAGAUCGUGUCCUGGCUGGAGAUGGAGUACGGCCUGUCAGAGAAGGAGUCCAAAGCUUCCGAGUCGUUCCUGCUUGCCGCCUUCCUGAACCUGGCCAUGUGCUACCUGAAGCUCAGAGAGUACAACAGAGCUGUGGAGUGCUGUGACAAGGUGGGUGAGCCACACCGCACCCUCUGUCCGGGUGGCACCUCUGCCCCUUCAGGCUGUUUCUCUAGGGUCAGCAUGAGCUGGGCCGCCCUGAAGGAUGGGGCUUUCUAUGGACUACUUCUAUCAUGCAGAGAACUGUUGACAGAAUUGAUAAGUCUCCAUCCUUACCUGGUUCUGAGGAUGAGAGGAUGAGAGUGGAUGGAGAGCUCUGAGUUUCCUUAUUUUGUUUGCGGGGCUGGGUAUUGAACCCAGGGCAUUAUGCAUGCUAGGCAAACACUUUACCAUUGAGCCACACAGCCUACCCCCAGUGACACACUUCCUCCAA